AUGUCAUCAAAAGGAUUGAUUGAGCGUCUAGAAAAUGGCGGACAAGUCCUCAUUGCGGAAGGAUAUCUAAUGGAAUUGGAGAGAAGAGGUUAUCUGCAGUCUGGGGGAUUUAUACCGGAAGUGGUUUUAGAACAUCCGGAGGUAGUCCGAGAACUACAUCGAGAGUUUGUACAUGCUGGCACCGAUGUGGUAGAAGCAUUCACAUAUUAUGGUCAUAGAGAGAAAUUGCGAACAAUCGGACGCGAGGGCGACCCAGAGAGACUCAAUAGAACAGCUCUUAAGAUCGCGCGGGAAGUGGCAGACGAGACCGGAAUUUUAAUGGCUGGCGGACUUUGCAACACCAACAUAUAUGACAAAGAUGAUGUUACUACACAUGACCAAGUCAAGGCUAUGUUUAAGGAGCAGGUAGAGUGGGCAGUGGAGGAGGGGACGGACUACAUCAUAGCGGAGACAAUAAGCUACUACGGGGAGGCUAAACUAGCACUAGAGGCAAUACAGACAUACGGAAAAGGUGUCCCAGCAGUGAUAACUAUAACAUGCUAUGUACCGGACAAGACGCUUGAGGGACUACCGAUAGCCUAUGCAUGUCGUAAAUUGGAGGAGGAUGGAGCGGCCGUGGUGGGUCUAAAUUGUGGGCGUGGUCCAAGGACAAUGUUACCUACAAUCAGAAAAAUAAGGAAGUUUGGACUAAUAGCCGCCAUUCCCGUGGCAUUCAGGACAACGGAUAGGUGUCCCACGUGGAUCAUUUUGAAAGAUCCGGACACAGGUAAGUCAUUCCUUAAACAGGAACGACUAGGCAUGGGAAAUGAUGCAUAUCCGACGAAUUUGUCAUGUGUCACGUGUAGCCGAGAUGACAUCAGGCAAUUUGCAGAGGAAGCGAAGGCGAUUGGUGUUAAUUACGUCGGACUUUGCUGCGGAAAUGCUCCAUUCUUCUUCCGGGAGUUAGCGGAAGUGUAUGGCCGAAAACCUGCUGCAUGCAGAUAUUCCCCUGAUGUAUCUGCAAAUGCAAUUGUAGGCACAUCAACAAAGCAUACACAAAUAAUAAAAGAGUUUACGAGUGUUGACAGCAUUUGUUUACUAGAACGCCUUAACAACAGUGAACAUGUUCUUGUCGCGGAAGGAUACAUGCUGGAAACCGAACGAAGAGGUUACCUAAAGUUCGGCUCAUUUGCACCCGAAGUGGUUUUAGAUAAUCCAGACAUGGUUCGAAGCAUGCAUCGGGAGUUUGUUCACGCCGGUUCUGAUGUAGUGGAAGCUUUCACGUAUUACGGACACAGGGAGAGACUAAAGCUGAUUGGACGAGAGGACAACCUCGAGAAACUCAAUAGAACGGCUCUCAAGAUAGCACGAGAGGUGGCAGACGAGACCGGAACACUUAUGGCUGGUGGACUUUGCAGUACUACUAUUUACGAGGAAAAUAAACCGGAUAUAGAUGAACAAAUAAGGGCCAUGUUUAAGGAGCAGGUGGAGUGGGCGGUAGAGGAGGGGGCGGACUUCAUCAUAGCGGAGACAAUAAACGACUAUGGAGAAGCUAAACUAGCACUAGAGGCAAUACAACAGUAUGGAAAAGGUCUGCCAGCAGUAAUAACUAUUGUGUGUUAUAAUCCCGACAUAACGCUGGAUGACGUUCCAAUAGCAGAGGCAUGCCGUAAACUGGAGGAGGCCGGGGCAGCUGUGGUAGGCCUCAACUGUGGGCGUGGCCCCAGGACCAUGUUACCACUUAUCAGGGAAAUUCGGAAGGUUUGCAAGGGCCCCAUAGCCGCACUGCCUGUGACUUUUAGGACUACAGAGGAAGAUCGCACGUGGACAUCGCUAAAAGAUCCGGAAACAGGUAAACACGCAUGGCCUUCGAAUUUGUCGUGCGUGGCGUGUAAUCGGGACGACAUCAGACAAUUUGCAGAGGAAGCGAAAGCGAUUGGUGUAAAUUACGUCGGGCUUUGCUGCGGGAAUGCUCCAUUCUUCUUCCGUGAGUUAGCGGAAGUGUAUGGGCGAAAACCGGGAGCCUGCAAAUAUUCAUCAGAUCUUUCAUUAAGUGUUCUUGCUGGGGAUAGUAAAGACAGUUAUUCAAAGAUAAGGGUGUAUGCUGGAACUGGAAUUAACCCGUGUGUGUGUGACCAGUCGACCCGAGGGUUCGUGGGCACAGAUACGGCAUACAGCUAUUGUAGUACUGACCGACAUUUCAGAAAUUGGCCGGUUGGUUGUCGUCAGAAUAUCCUGAAAAUGACAUCGAAAGGUUUAUUACAACGACUAAACGAUGGUGAAGCUAUUAUUAUCGCGGAGGGAUACAUGUGGGAGCUUGAGAGAAAAGGUUACGUCAAGUUCGGGGAGUUCACACCGGAAGUAGUUCUUAACAAUCCAGAAGUAGUUCGAAUAAUGCACGAAGAAUAUGCACAUGCCGGAAGUGACGUUGUUGAAGCGUUUACGUAUUUAGGGAACAGGAAACGACUAAGGGCCAUUGGUAUAGAGGAAGGACUGGAAGAACUUAACAGACGUGCCCUUAAAAUGGCUCGUGAAGUUGCUGAUGCCACCGGGUCCCUUAUGGCAGGAGAUAUCUCACAUACAUGGCACUACCAGCCAGAUAAUCCCGAGGCAAUGGAGGAACUACGAGCCAUGUUCAAGGAACAAAUCGAAUGGGCGGUUGAAGAAAAAGCUGACUACAUCAUCGGAGAGACAUUCCAAGACUUUGGGGAAGCAUUGUUCGCCUUGGAAAUGAUCAAGAAAUAUGGAAACGGACUUCCGGCUGUCAUAACGUUGACGGCAUACCAACCAGAUGUAAUGUUGGACGGCGUACCAAUUCCAGAGGCUUGUAAACGACUCGAGGAUGCUGGGGCUGCCGUCGUGGGCCUGAACUGUGCACGGGGACCGAGAACCAUGUUACCCUUACUUAAAGAGAUCAGAAAAGUCUGUAAGGGUCCCCUGGCGGCAAUCCCGGUUCCAUUUCGCUGUAGAGGCAAAUACAAAACAUUUCAGUCACUAUUGGACCCUGAUACAGGUGACCGUCUAUACCCCGACAACCUGUCAGCUCAGCUUUGUACUCGAUGGGAGGUACGUGAAUUUGCAGAAGAGGCCAAGGCUUUGGGUGUGCAGUACAUAGGGCUAUGCUGCGGGAACUCUCCGGCAUUCUUCCGCGAGGUGACAGAUGUGUAUGGUAGAAAAACAGGCGCCAGUAAAUAUAGUCCUGACUUCACCAACAGUUUAUCUAGAUCCACAGACCCAAAGAAUAAGAAGAUACAAUCUUUUAUGUUCGAUGCAGUAGAGUAA